UACUUUGGUUCCAGUAUGUAAUCUCUUUAUUGGAUUGAGGGGAAAGGGUUCUUCUUUCUUUGAAUAGUUUCUUUUUUGGCUGUGAAGAGCAUAAUAGAUUUUUGGUAAUUAAUGUAAAUGGUACCUGGGGGGAUUUGAAAUUGACUAAAAAUUUCUAUCUGUUGAGUAAUUGAACCAUCAGGUAUUCAUUGAAUUCAGGUUGUAUGACAAGAUAAGUAGUCUUAAUAGGGAAUGGAGGAAAUAGGCUUUUGGAUGCCAUCAAUAUUUUUCUCCACCCUUUGGAAUUGUAACAGAUCAUAAAAUUUGCUUAGCUUAUUGGCAUUUCUACUGAGAAGUUGGGAACAUUGGUUAGUACCACGAAAUUGGAUUAAGUGCAUAGACUUUUGCUACUUAUUUGUUGCACUAGCAAAGACACAUUAAGGAUAGCUGACAUGCUGUAUUUGAAAGAAUUUAGAAAGUGCACUUUGGAGGUAGAUAAGAGAGGAUUGAGUGAUCAUUAAAAGCAACAAUAAGUAAGUUUUCCCAGAUUGAGAGUAGAAAUUAUAAUCUUCAUAGUGACAUUUUGGACAAUUAGAUUCGUCUUUGUUUUUGCUUCUUCCUUUUGACCAAUUAGGUUCUUUUCUUUGGUUAAAAUAUUUGUUGGCCCUUUUUUUUAAUUAGCUCUUAAUAAAAGAUGCUUGCUAGACUCCAAUAUGCAUUGCCCUAUAGAAGCUCCCAACUGGUACAACAUAUAAAGUUGGAUAUGGUCGGGCACACACUGAAUUUUUUAUCGCACAAAAAGAAGAUAGGAGCAAAAAGAGGAAAGGAAAACAUUUGGCCCUUGACAUUGAUUUCAUCACUUAGUGGUAUCACAAAGAUAGAAGUCAUUAACGUCAGAAUCCUAUCUCUAAGAUAAAGAACCAUAAUGAGUUUGCCAGAAGUGUGAAUACAGUAUAUACAAGCUUUUGUUUCCUAAAAGCUAAAAAGGCAACUUGAUAACUCUCUUUAUUCACUGAAUUACACAUCUGUACAACUAAUUAAAGAAUUUUUAACUUCUAGGGCCAUAGUCUAUCUCUCUCUCCUUCUCUGCGGCACCGCUUUCUUUCUUUUCCUACAAAGUUUUCAUCUAAUUGAAGAUCAUCAAACUGAUAGAAAAUCCAACUUAAUUGUAGAUCUGGGAUUUCCACUAGUUUUCAUAGCAAGAAUUUAUUGAAACGGUAAAGGUUCAAAGUAAGUUAUCAAUGUUAGACUCUUAAGAAAGUUAAAAUCAUCAUGAUUGAAUUUCAGUGUUCGUUGUUGUUCACAAAAUCUUUAUUUAGAAUGUUGAAAGUCAUCUGAGUUCUUUUCAAAAAGGGAAUAGAGGAGAGUCGUUUGGAUUUUCUUUCUUAAAUUGCAAAGAUAUAAUUUUUGUAGAUUGCUGCCCCUACCCUCCCCUUUCUCUCUCUGAUAGUGUAUUUACAAGUAUAUAUAUGUCUAUCAAUUUUUCACAAUAUUUCUGCUUCUAAAACAAUUAAAUUAGCUUAAUUUGUUGUUGGUGCUUUGGUUAGGUAAGUUCAAUUUUGGUAGUUCAGUUCUCUUUAAUGUUAAACUUUUAGUUUACUAGCUCACUCUCUCUCUCUCUCUCUCUCUCUCUGUGUGUGUUACACACAGACACACACACCCACAAAAGCAGACACAUGCUUUAUGAGCUUGUGUGUGCAUACAGGCAACCACACACCAUUGCAAGCACUCUAAUGUACAUAUGUAGUAAAAGCCUUUCUUUGUUUUACUUCGGUCUCCAUUCUGGAUGAUUUGGUUUCUUUCUGUUUUGAAGUGCUUCUUGAUUUUAUUUAAGAUAUGCAAUAGGCAAAUUGUGCUUCUUCUCCUCUCUUUUUCUCCCCUCUGCAGUGGAAAUUGUUUGGUUAUCAGAUGGCAACAUCCCAGUAAGGAAACAUGAUACUGGGAAGUUUUAGUGAAAGCUCCCAUAGUUGGGAGAAUAAUAGAGUUCAUAAAAGUCUGGAAGGAUUAAUAGCUUUUUUCUUAAGCAGCUCAUUUCCACAAAGUAUGUCUUAUGCUUCUUUCCUAUUGCAGCACAAAUAACGAAUGUGUUCAAACUUGAACUGUGGUUCAUGAAAACAACUCAUUCUAGCAUUAAUGAGUCAAGACUAAAGAGUAUCUUGUUAGCAGCAUAGAGGAUUUUACUGGAAAACAAGGAGGUUCUAAAGAUUUUACUUUAUUGAUGGAGAAUAAUAUUGAUAUGGAUGGGAAAAGCUGCGAUUCAUUUUUAGAAGUACCAAAAAAUUUUCAUGACAAGAACCAUGAGCAAAGUGGAUUAGGAAAAUUGUUGACAUGUGAGUUCAAGGAUGACGAUCUUUUGGUUUCUGCAAUUUUGAAAUGCAAAAGAUUUAUGUCUACCUGCAAAAGGUCAAUCCAUAGAUCAGAACGUCCAAGUAAGAGAAAGAACUAAAUGGGUAGUUGCAAUUUGCCUCUUCAGAGUCCUGGAAGAGGUGGUGGACAAAGAACAGUGUUGUCCUGGUUACUUCGUUUAGGAUGCAUUUCCCUUGGUGAUGUGAUCCAGUUUCAUGUUCGUAAGACUAAUAUUGUGGUAAAAGAAGGUGUUAUAACUUUGGGUGGAAUAUUUUGCAAGUGCUGCAAUAAGGUGGUUUCACUCUUUGAGUUUAAGAGACAUGUUGGUUUCAAGGUUAACCGUGCUUGCUUAAAUCUUUUCAUGGAAUCGGGGAAGCCAUUUGCUUUGUGUCAGCUCGAGGCUUGGUCAGCUGAAUACAAGGCCAAGAAAGGUGCUUGUGUCACAGAUCAAAAUGAAGAGGUAGAUGAUGGAGAUGAUUAUUGUGGAUGCUGUAGUAAAAUGAUGGUGACUUAAUCGUCGACGAUUGUCCAUCUGCAUUUCAUCGUGAAUGCUUGUAUAUUAAGAUGGCAAAGCAGUUACCCAAGGUACAAAUUGGCCAAUGGGAACUUAACAUGUGUCCUAAAGGAUCCAAUUUACAUUUUUUCAGCUGCGAGGAAGCGACAUCUCCUCAUCUCCAGCAAAUAAAAGCUUUAAGUCCAACCAAAAGCCUCCGGCGACAUCUCAUCAGCAAACAAAUCCCUCCUUCUUCGCAGGCGGCAUCUCCAACUCCGACAAAGACCCAAUUUCGGAGUGUUGACAAGAAGCUCUUAGAAACACAGGAUCAUCAAACCGCAGCAGACAUAACAGUUUCAAUUCAGUUUGAGAUGGGCAAGAAGGGAGAGAAACAGUUUAGGUGGUCAAGACCUAUGGAGCGUUUGAUGCUUGAGAUUCUUGCCGAUGAGGUGAAACUUGGGAAUAGGCCUAACAAUAGCUUUAAAUCAAGUUCAUUUACACGUGUGGUAGAUGCCAUGAAAGAUAAGUUUGGGGUUACGUGCUCGGUAGACCAUGUGGAAAAUCAUCUAAGAACAGUGCGAUCAUCUUGGUCCACCAUAGUAAAAAUUCGUGAAAAAAGUGGAUUUGGCUGGGAUGAUACUUUGAAGAUGAUAACGGCCAGUCCUAGUGUGUAUCAUGCCUAUAUCCAGAAAAAUCCAGGUCAUGACAAGUAUAUCCAGAAUAAAAUCGAGUUGUAUGAUGAAAUGGCUGUUGUGGUUGGGAAAGAUCUGGCCACCGGGUCUUUUGCAAAAUCAUUUGUUGAUGUGAAUUUGGAAACUCCAUUUGUUCCUAAGACAAGUGUGGAGACAAGUGAAGAGACAAGUGUAGAACAAAAGGAUGUGACUAGUGCAAGAUCCUCAGAAGUGAGAGCAACAUCAUCGGGAACCAAACAACAUCGUAAAAGAAAUCGCAGCAAUGAAGACAUUGAAAAGAUGUCUCAACAACUUGGAGAAGUGGCAGCUGCUUUGAACAAAAUUAGUGCAAACAAGCUUGAUGUCAACCAACUACAUGAAGAGAUUAUGAAUAUAGAAGGCUAUAGCGAAGAAUUUCUGGACUUGGUAUUCGAGCAUUUGGUGCAAAAUGAGAAGCUAGGAAAAGCAUUUAUGGCGAAGAGUCAAAGACUUCGUUUGAUUUCUCUCGAGAGGUUCAAGAAAGAUUGGGGCGUCGAAUAAAGUACUUUGAAGUUGCAAAUUCUACUUCGAUGGCAUGAGAGGAGUUUUGGUUGUCUUUAGCGAAGUUUUGUAUAUUCUGUAGCAAGCAUGCUUAUUCCAUGGUACAUGGGUUUAGUAUGCAAUCUGAAGUGCAUGUAACUGAAUUUUGUUUUCUUUAGGAAGGAGGACAAUUUUUGCUUAUGGCCUUUAACAGAUAUGGUGUGGCAUUAUGAGGUCCAAUCUAAGAUCUGCAAUAGUCGCAUGCA